AUGGCAAGAUUGAAGAGCAACGCUAUUGGGGUAUCUCUUGUUGCCAAUGCUUGCUUCGGGCUUAACUUAUUGGGCCAAGAUCUUUAUCGGUCAAAACAAGUGAGGGACAAACAAAUAGCACGCAUUCUUGGAAAGGCACCAACCGUUGCUGCAGCAGCUUAUUUGAGGAUGGCAGGAAGGCCUCCAGUUCUCCCUUCUAGCACCCUUUCUUAUGCUGAAAACUUCCUCUACAUGCUAGAUUCAAUGGGCAAUCGGUCUUACAAGCCCAAUCCUCGGCUUGCUCGAGUGUUGGACAUUCUUUUCAUACUACAUGCAGAACAUGAAAUGAACUGUUCCACAGCUGCUGCACGACAUCUUGCAUCAGGUGGAGUUGAUGUAUACACUGCUCUAGCUGGAGCUGUUGGAGCACUAUAUGGUCCUCUUCAUGGUGGAGCGAAUGAGGUAUGCAGAAACAAAGUCAUAAUAAAUCCAUGGUUAUCAGUAGUGGUCUGGAAAUUCAANGUAUAG